ACGCCGUUUGCUCUGGGCUCUGCCUGGCAGGGACUUUGGAACCUGAUCUGCAGUGUUGCAAGAAGGGGCGCAGGGGCAACACGCGCGCUGGGCGCAGCCAGUCGACUCUGCCGGGCCACCUCCGCCUCCAGGCCGUGGGACCGCCCCCUCCUCCCCACACCCUACCUUCCCGCGACUUGACCACUCGGCGGAAGCCUCAGGUGGGCCCCGGGGUCCAAGUCCGCCGCGGGGAGGGCGGGGGCGGGCCCCUAACCGGGGACUGCAGGGCGCGUCACGGCAGCCGCUCCUGAUUGGCGGCCACGGCGGUCACGGGCCAGGCGCCCGGGGACUGACGCCGCCUGUGGCUAGAGCCAGAGUAACGGGACUCCCAGCGGCUCGUCGCAGUCCCGACGCGAGUAGGGCUGGAGUCGGUGCCCAGCCGAGAGCCACCUGGGGAGCCUGGCCGGGACGCGCGCACCAUGCCUUACCUCCUCAUCAGCACCCAGAUCCGCAUGGAGGUGGGCCCCACUAUGGUGGGUGAUGAACAGUCGGAUCCAGAGCUGAUGCAGCAUCUGGGGGCUUCAAAGAGAAGUGUCCUAGGAAACAACUUUUACGAAUACUAUGUCAAUGACCCUCCCCGCAUAGUCCUGGACAAGCUGGAACGCCGGGGCUUCCGUGUGCUGAGCAUGACAGGGGUAGGCCAGACGCUGGUGUGGUGCCUGCACAAGGAGUGACCCUCUCACGCUGAUCUGCAGCCGGGGCGCCCCUGUGGAUGGGGCUGCUGUUGGCCCUGACCUCCAAGCUCUGGCCUCACCGAUUGCCUUGCCCCUGUCUCCCCAAAUUGUCACUGACACCUGCCCAGCCUCAAGGGGUGGUGAAUGGCCUUCUAUGAAACCCUGCCUCAAACAGUGGGAGAGGGCAGGGCCCGUUGCCCUGGUGCUCCCAGCUGCCCUGCUGCUUCGGGCCUGAGCAGAGGGCACUGGGUAGGACAUGUCCUCGGGCAGCUUCCCUGGCUGGACCUGGGCACCCCAGGGCCCCUGGCAUGUGGCUCCUGCAUAGCUAGCCCAAGCCAAUAAAGGGCUGUGAUGAGUGUUUGCGCCUGUGCUCUGCUUGUGCACAGACUCUGGGACUCUUACCGUGUGGAGUGUUUCCCUGGGGGGUCUGCCCACUUCCUGGGAGGGUUGUCAGGCCUGCCUGGGUGAAGCCCUCUGUGGCAGAGCCCAGCACCCUAUACCUAUGUAUGGAAUACAGGUAGAGUCUUUAAAAAAAAAAACAA